AUGUCUUGUCCAUCGUCAACCGACACCGAUGAAGCUACCCUUCGCCAGCUCACCCACGCACAGCUACAAAAGGUUGCGAAAAGUGAAUUGAUCAUCAAAGAGAUAGUAAAGAUGACCAAGCUUGGGGCUUUAGUUCCUGGUCCUUCGUCGCAAGUAUCAAAGAUAGCGGCAAAAGCAAGUGUAAACAGUUCUCUUAUCGAGGAAAACGACACCUCAUCCAGUGCCGCACAUGCGGAUACGAUCACACACGCUCUGACCAUUGAAGAAAUCAUGGAGUUCGCGGAACACCUUACCAUCAAGGACAUAAUCACCGAAGGUGGUCCCAAUAGCUUUUCCUAUUCCGCAAAACGUCGACGAGCUGAUAUUCUGGAAGUUGUACAAGGUUCAGCUGAAAUGCAAAAAGUGAUCAUACGGGCAUAUAAUCGAAAGAAAGAAAGAAGAAAACGAAGACGCGGGAACAACCGGAGCAAGGUUAUUAGUCGGCAACGCCGGCCCCUAGUACAUCAUGCAUCAGGUGAUACAAGUGUGGCACUAUUUAGGUAA